UGUGUCCACCAGGGGUCUGAUGGGUCUGCCCUGUGAUACACUUUGCGACCACCAGGGGUCUCCGCUGGGUCUACCCUAGGAUACACUGCGACCAGGGGUCUGAUGGAAAAACAUACCGCAAGGGGGAAGCCUGGCUUUGUUAUUCAUGUACCAAGACGAUAGAGAACAGUAGCGGCUUCUGUUAUGAAGCUUUAAUGUUGACUUCACUGACGGGAGAACAAAACCAAACCGCAAACUCACAAUUACUACAAACGCAUACAUUCGUUUUAUAUUCAAAUUGAAUGGAUGCUCCGUACGAUAAACCCAGCCCCUGAAAUACGCCUGUUUGCUAGCGUGGUAAUUGGGGGGAAUGUUUCAUGAGCAAGAGAGGCCCAUGGGGCCGACACAGACUUAGUUUGGUGCCAUGUCUAAUUAGGAAGAGCAUGUAGGUCAUGCAGUAAAUACCCGCGGUGGAAUUUUCCUUGCCAUAAAAACCAACCCAAAAGUUUUGCAUAAUAUUCUUCAUGCUCCGAGAUGCUGAUGUUACAGGCCAUUCUGCAAAAGGUGAAUUUAAGCAGCAGGCCCCACGUUGUGAACUCUGGUAGAGGUGGACAUACGGACUCAGCAAAUACAGGGCCAGAGGAGGAAAACCCGAGCCAGGAGUACUACCACCUCCAUGGCCGGAUCUGGCGGUCCCUGUAUGGACUGUACCCCUUCAAGUCCAGCAUGAUCGGCCUGCAGAACCUGGGGGACCCCUCGCUGGACUGGGACAUCGUGGAGACCAUCGGCAAGGGGACGUACGGGAAGGUGUACCGUGUCACCAGCACCAAGGACGGCAGCGAGGCCGCCGUCAAGGUCCUGGACCCCGUCAACCACUCCUGCCACUCGAACAGAGACGUGGACGAGGAGAUCGAGGCGGAGUACAACAUCCUUAGGAGUCUGUCCAACCACCCCAACGUGGUCAAGUUCUACGGCAUGUUCUACAAGACGGACCCCAUCGCCGGGGGACAGCUCUGGCUGGUUCUGGAGCUGUGUAACGGCGGCUCCGUGACGGAGCUCAUCAAGGGUCUGUUCAUGCGGUCCCAACGUCUCCAGGAGCCCCUCAUCGCAUACAUCCUGUACGGGGCCCUCCUGGGUCUCCAGCAUCUCCAUAACAACCGCAUCAUCCACCGCGACGUCAAGGGCAACAACAUCCUCCUGACGACGCAGGGCGGAGUCAAGCUCGUCGACUUCGGCGUCUCGGCUCAGCUGACCAGCGCCCGCUUGCGGAGGAACACGUCGGUGGGAACCCCCUUCUGGAUGGCCCCCGAGGUGAUCGCGUGCGAGCAGCAGUACGACUACUCCUACGACGCCCGCUGUGACGUGUGGUCGCUGGGCAUCACCGCCAUCGAGCUGGCGGACGGAGACCCCCCGCUGGCGGAGAUGCACCCGGUCAAGGCGCUCUUCAAGAUCCCCCGGUGAGCCUCCACCACCAGGGGGCGCCGCCGGCCCACACACCAGCCCGCCGCCGGGGUUCAGUGGGUUGAGUGGGUCGCUCCACCGCGGUGGAGAGGAGGAGAGGGGUCUCUCCAGAUGAUGCUCUGCCUUGUGUCGGUGUGCGUCUCCCCAGUGUUUUCCGACCCGACGCUGGAGCUGAAAAACGCGAUGAAUCAGCAGAAGCUGGUUGAUUUGGGUCGACUCUGUAAAAGUGAAUUCUGGCAAUUGCAGGAUUGUUAUUGAUAACAAAUGACUGUGUUUGACGAUGUAUAAUCAGGCAAAACAAAGACUUAAAAACACAGAUACGUGCCCAAUGUUAACGUGGGGUGUAUAUGCAUGCAUCUGUGCGAGUGCGUGCGCGCCUGUUCAUGCAUGUAUGAGUGUGUGUGUGUGUGUGUGUGUGUGUGUGUGUGUG